UCCCUCCGUUCCUCUUUCCCGUUUAUUAUCGGCAGAGGUCGCAUGGCAGAGGGAAGUCCAACCACUUCUGUACUGGAACCAAUGCAAGAAUAUGCAGCUCCAUAACAAAGCCCGUAUGGAGUCCUGAGAGCAGUGGAGGAAGCACGAGAGGCUGUGCGUCUGUUUUAAUUGUGCGCGUGUGUGUGUGUGUUGUUGUUUUUUUUUAUUUACUCGUGAAAGAAAGAGCUCACAAAACAGGAUCUAAGUUGGAGGUUUGCAUUGUUUGGCCAACACGUGCGUACCACCAAUGCGUUUGCACUAUCGCUUCAGAGUGAGUGAGUGACUGAGUCUUUUUCGCAUCCUGGUGCCGGGCUCUGAAGGAGGACUGCGCAUCAGCGGAGCGGAGUUGGUGCCGAAGUACGAAUGCGAAGAGAAGAGUGCACCGAGUAAAACUCCUGCACUUGUUUUUUUUUAUUUUUUUUUUAUUUCAUUUAUUAUUUUUUCUUCUACCGAAUACGAUUACAUCUACUUUCCGCUGCUUUGGCGCUGUGUUUGACAAGACAACAGUGAGUCAAACACGCCGAAAGUGAUUUCAUGCCUUCAGCCUCGCUCAGCCUGAGAUGGACGUGAGAUUUUAUCCUGCGCCCCCGGCAAAUGUGGGUUCAUGCUCUCUGCCGACUGAUCCAAGUUGCCUGAGCUCGUUGGACUAUUAUCAUUCAAACAAGGCCCAGUACAGUGUUAGGCUCCGCACUGCCCCCCCUUCAGGCAUCAACCCAACUAGGAAAAGACUGGCCAUUGCUAUGUUUGAUGCUGACAACAUGUACAUGAAUGACAGCAACCAAGAGUUUCGGUCACCAAAUCAGAGCUACUCCAGUCAGGGUAGAGGCAGCGGCGGCGGUGGAGGAGGCGGAGGAGGAGGAGGAGGAGGGGGCACAGGGGACGAAGACUAUGAGAUUCCCCCCAUCACGCCUCCAAACCACGUUGACCCUUCUCUGCUUCACCUCACGGACCAUGAGUCGGGUUACCCCUUCCACUCCCUGCCCCACAACGGCUUGCUCAACACCUACUCCUAUCCCGAGCUGCCCGCUCUCAUGAUGUCCAACAUGCUGGGUCAGGACUCCCACCUCCUCUCUGGACCUAUGCACUCUAUAAGCAACGAGAAGCGGGCCGCAGCAGAAAUGAUGAAGCCCAAGCCCAAACCUCAGAAGAAGAAAAAGAAGAAGGACCCCAAUGAGCCACAGAAGCCUGUGUCGGCAUACGCGCUCUUCUUCAGAGACACCCAAGCUGCCAUCAAAGGCCAAAACCCCAAUGCCACUUUUGGAGAUGUCUCCAAGAUCGUGGCCUCCAUGUGGGACAGCCUUGGGGAGGAACAGAAGCAGGGCUACAAGAGGAAAACCGAGGCAGCUAAGAAAGAGUACCUGAAAGCGUUGGCCGCGUACCGAGCCAGUCUGGUUUCCAAGACAUACAAUGAUCCUGAACCAAAAAGUGCCCAGCAGACCAGCCAACCCUCUCACCUGCUGCCCCCCAAACAGCCCCUGUACAGCGUGCCCCCCCAGUCUUCUUCACCCUACCUGGGCCCCCCGGGCUCCUUCCCGCUCUCCGAGCUCCAGAGCUACGGCGGGCCGCCGCGCCACGCCCUGGGCCCCGCCCUCAGCCAGUCCCAGAUGCUCCCACCCAGCAUGAGUGCCUCUCCCCCAGCACCCUUCCAGAUCAGCCCGCCUCUGCACCCGCACGCUCAGCUCUCCUUGCAUCUCAAUCAGCCAAUCCGCAUGCAGCAGUCGCAGCAAAUCAUCUCACACCAAAUGGGGCUCCAGGCACCUCUGCAUUCCCCUCCACUCAGCCAACAGGGAUUCUCCCAUCUUCAGGCUGAUUACCAGAACAGCGUUGGGGGCUCGCAGUCUCCAGGGGCACCAAAUCCAGUGCACGGGCAGAACCCCGACUGGGACGGCGAGUACUGCAACAGGGACUGUGGACCCAACCACUGCGGAAGCGGCAUGGGAGCCCGGGACAAGCCUCUCUACCUCACUUGAAGUUAUAUGACCUCCACAUGUCAGACUCCAGAGAGCUUUCUAACAUAACAACCGCAUCAUUGAUGUAUCUGCUUUUUCACCAUUUUCUUCUUGUUUUUUUUUUUUUGUUUGUUUUUUUCUUCUGAUGGAUUUUGAAAAUCCCAAAGACUGCUACAGUACCACCUUUUUGCCAAGCACUUAAAUCGGCCAGAAGCUCGAGGCACUUCCUUUGCUUUCUUUUUUUUCCCCCCUUUUUUUUUUCCCCCUCCUGGUCUGUGAACAUUGUUUUUGAGGUGGUUGUGAGCUUUAAGCUCACGCCGGCAUACUGGAAAUGAGGGCCAAAAAAUGUCCUUUCAUAUUGUUUGGAUUUUUUCUUUUUUUUCUUUUUUGAAAGAUUGCUGUCCUUUUCACUCAGUUGCUCUGUGUUUGCCAUGAACUAUCCUUAUUAGGAAGAUGAAAUGCUUAAAGCGUACUCAAAGGUAGAAAAUCUAAUGCAGGAAACUAGAAUAUAGUCGCUUCGUCGGGGGCGGAUGUACUUCAGGACUUUCUGAAACAGCCCCGACUGAAGGAAAAGCAACAUUUUGAGGAAGGUGUCGUCAAGAAUACACAAGGCGUUUGUAAAUCAUUGUUCCUCUUACUAAAGGACUUCCUUAUUUCCUUUAUCACAGAGUGAUUGUAAAUAUCACCAGAAUGGAUCCCUCUCGUGUGUGUAUUGAGCUGAAGUCCCUCAGCUUUUUUUUUUUUUUUUUUGCUUCUUUUUUUUUAACCCUCUUUUGUUUGGUUACGUGAUUUUUCUGUGCAGGCGGAUUCAGUGAGGGGCCGCACACGUUAAAAGCUCAAGAUGAAGCUGUGUUCAUCUGAAAAAAUGAGAGCAGGAAAUUCGAAGGCUGAAAACUGUUCGGAGUCCUCCUUGGCCGGGCAGAGCUCCCGCAGAGGACGGUGCUCUCCUUGCACAGCCUCAGGACAUUACGGGAGUCCAUGAUUAAACCUUUUAGCCCCUCUUAAUCCUGAUAAUAAGGACCGCCCCCCUUUGCCUAUAGCCCCGCCUUCCAUCCUUUUAGUCUCACAUCACUUGUACAGGUGAAUAAAAAAAUAUGUUGCUAAAUGUGAAAUGUUACUAAAGGAAAAAAAAAAAAAAACAUAACAGUGGGUUUUCAAGUUUUUGACUAGUUUUCAUAGGUGUUUUAGAAUUGUGUUAAACUUUUCCAUCUUUAUCUUUUCUUUCUUUUUUUUUUUGUGUGUGUGGAAAAAGUUUUAAAGGUAUCUCAUUUUAAUUUUCACUGUUGCAGGAUUUGCGUUUUUAGGUCAUCGGGGGUAGAUAUUUUAAUUUUGUGUACAAAACCUGCCAAACUUACUUCUUUAAUUUGUAAAGCCGGUGACGAAAGAUGCCCCGUUUUGUUCUGUCAGAUAUCAUGUUUUACAAUUUGGUCAAUUUUAUUUAAUUAUUUGCAGGUUUUACAUCUAUUUAUGAAUGAUAUGAAGUAACAUUUUGGCUUAUUUGCAUCAGGGUGCAUUAUUAUUAUUAUUAUUAUUAAUAAUAAUCUUAUUAUUAUUAUUAUUGAACCAAUAACUUCAUUUUUAGAAUAAUAAAUAUUUUCAGAAUUUGUCGUUGGUGCAUUUCUCACACACAUGUACCAACAUUAGCUUAAUUUUUGUGUCACAAAUACUUUUUUUUUUGUUUUCUUUUGUCUGUAAUAAAAUGUUUAAAGUGGGAAA